AGCAGCAGCAGCUAGCAUCACACCAACUGACAGCGCUAAGAAGUUCACGAGAAGCAGUGUUUUUUUUAAUUUUACAUUCGACACACCAGCAGCGGAGCAGACCUCGGAGAGAAAAGAAGACGUGACUCCAUUAGUGAGCAGGGUGAGGAUGACUGUCCCGGCGGGAGAGGGAUGAAGAUGACACCUCUGCUGUGGCGAGUGGUGUCAGUGUGGCUCUGUGUCGCUGUGCUCUCCCGGUACCCUAGCUGCUAUGUUGGUUGCACAGAGUCGCCCCAAGAGGCCCAGAGGACCAUGUCCCCACAGGACGUCAGUUCGGAGGAAGAGUUGGGGGAGAACACUCCUCAUGAAAAGGUUGAGGAGAGCUGGGUCUUACCUGCCCAGUCCUUGUCUGACAAUGAGCUGCUGUUAGAAGAUAAUCAUCAAAACGAGGAGCAGACAACACAGCACAUGGUCAAAAAAGAACAAGAUUCAAAGGCCUUGGAAGUGCAAGUGUCCAGUGUUGAGGCAGAAAAGGAGGCAGUCAAGGAAAUGUCUCAAUCAGAGCAAGAACCUGAGCCAAACUCAGAAAAUCCAAAUCAUGACACCUCUGUUGUUCAAGAGCAUGAUUCACCUGCUCUGCUCCCAUCAUCUGACCCUGUCUCUGGUUUUUCCGCUGAGCUUAAUGACAAUCCCAGCAUCACCAACCUUCAAGACAGUGUCAGAAAAAGUGUUUUAGAGGAUGAAUCUGAAGAAGCUGCACCUGAUGUUGUUGAAUCUGAGCUGCCUCCUGCUGACUGUGAAGAAGAAAACAAUCCGUAUAACUAUGAUAGCAGUCCUCCGAUUGUUCUGGAGAACACUUCCAAUGUUCACACUGCAGGUACUAAAACCCACACUGACCCUCCUCUGACACCUUCAGUCGGAGACAGCACGCAGCCUCUGGAAGUCAACACAUCACAUGUGGUGAGCGAGCAGGACCUGAGCUCCCCUGUCACCACAGAAACGGAUCCCAGUGUGAACAGCAAGGACCCAGAGGACAUCCCUACUUUUGAUGAGUGGAAGAGAAAGAUGAUGGAGGUGGAGAAAGAGAAGACGCUGUCUACUCACCCCUCUAACAAUGGUGGUUCUCAUACACUGAAGAAGGCCCAGAAGAACUUUAAUAACUAUGCCUCAGUGGAAUGUGGAGCCAAGCUCCUUGGUGCUAACCCAGAAGCUAAGAGUACUUCAGCGAUAUUGAAGGAAAACAUGGACUUAUACAUGUUAAACCCCUGCAGUAACAAGAUCUGGUUCAUCAUUGAGCUCUGUGAGCCCAUCCAGGUGAAGCAGCUGGACAUCGCAAACUUUGAACUCUUUUCCUCUACUCCCAAAGACUUCCUGGUCUCCAUUAGUGAUAGAUACCCAACACAUAAGUGGUUAAAACUGGGAACCUUUCACGCUAGGGAUGAGCGCACAGUCCAGAGCUUCCCAUUAGAUGAGCAUCUCUAUGCUAAAUAUGUGAAGAUGUUCACCAAGUACAUAAAGGUUGAGUUGGUCUCUCACUUUGGCUCUGAACAUUUCUGUCCCCUCAGUCUCAUAAGGGUGUUUGGGACGAGCAUGGUUGAAGAGUAUGAGGAGAUAGCUGAUCCCUCAGAAAGACCAGAUGAUCAGGAAGAUGACCUGGAUAACCCAUCUGAAUACGCAGACCAGAUAUCCAAGAAUCUAAUCGGAUCAGCAAAAGAUGUCAUUCUGAACAUGGUCAAUAACAUUGCUGUCAAUGUACUCGGUGGAGGCCCAGAGAUGCAAGUCAAUAUAUCAUCCCAGGAAGUGAACAUGACUGAGCCAUCAGCACAGAUUGAAACCACGACUCCAACUGCCUCUACAGAUCCUACUUCAAUUCCAGACUCUGAAGAAGCAGUUAUAUUACCAGACCCGGGUAUCUCUGAAACGUCUGAGACCCCUGAGCCAGAGACAUCUGAUACUGAAACUAGCAAACAAGAGCUCCCACUAGUGGAGGAAACAAUUAUUAAACCUUUAGAGAAAGAUGAAGAAGAACAUAUCAGCUCUUCAAUCAUCCUUCUGGAAAAGGAGGAAGAGGAAUUGGAUGGAGGAAAAGAAAAACUGGACAAUCAUAAGCGACAAGAUAAUCAGAAUUACUGCGCACUGCUUCCUUCAUUUUCUUCUUCAUGCUCUUGUACAGCUUCCUUCCAGGAAUACCUCCUUUGGCAGUGUUCAGCUCUGCUGUCCAAAAAGAGGAAAUGCCAAACAACGGAUAGAAAGCAAAGGAUUCCUUCUACAACACCCACCUGGCACCUACCGCUGUCCCCCACCGGCUGCCCUGAGCCUCAGCUGCACCACACAGAGGUACACCAGCUCCAUAAAAAGGAACAUGCUUCAGUGCAGGAGCCAGAGAGUAGAGCCAGCCCAUCAGCAGCCCCUCCGCCUCAGGGGGACACAAUAGAAUCUCAUAAAGAGCCUGUGUCUGAACCUCCUUUGCUGGAACCCAGUCAAACGUCGAGCCUCCCCAAACCCAGUGCCACCAAUUCAUCUGCCACCAAACCGACUCCUAUUGUGGAGACGCCACAGCCGCCUCCUGAGGAAACAGUGAAGGAGCAAAGGCCAGAAAAGAGCCUGGAUGUGUUAGCUGCAGAGUACACUGAGCCAUCAGUCUCUCUCAGUAGCGCCAUCUAUGUAAGGCCCAGUGUCAGUGCAACAGUGGACAAUGUCUCAGUGGAGCCAACUGAGGAAAAGCCUGAUGUUGAUGUUUCUCAGUUAGAAUUAAAUACCCCUGUCCAAAUCCCAGACAAAACAGAUCAUCCUCAGCUGCUACCUCCUACCACCUCCGUUCAUUUAGAACAUCAGCCUGACCCACCAACUGUACCUAAAAGGACCACCACAUCCACAGAGCCGUCCCACCCAGCUCCAGACCCUGUCACAGAACUAGAGCCCUCUGGUGGCCCUGCAGUCAUCACUGACAAUAAAAUGGAGGAUCUCACAGACGACAUCUCUACCUCAUCAGGUGGUAACCUGCCUCAUCCCUCACCUGCCUCACCAUCCCUCUCAGACAUCUAUGCAGAGACCCCCAAUGAGUCAGAGCAGAACAGCAACCUGAUGCACGGCUCCAGUCAGAAGGAGUCUGUGUUCAUGAGACUCAACAACCGCAUUAAGGCCCUGGAGAUGAAUAUGUCGCUCAGUGGACGCUACCUGGAGCAGCUAAGUCAGAGGUACCGUAAGCAGAUGGAGGAGAUGCAGAAAGCUUUCAACAAAACCAUCAUAAAACUCCAGAACACCUCAAGAAUAGCAGAGGAACAGGACCUGCGUCAGACUGAGUCCAUUCAGUUGCUGCAGGGCCAUCUGGAGAAUGUGACUCAGCUGGUUCUCAACCUGUCAGACAGAGUGAGCCAGCUGCAGAAUGAGGUGUCUGACAGGCAGAACUACCUGCUGCUGUGUCUGGCGCUGUGUGUGUGUCUCGGCCUGUUGCUGUGUGCAAACCACUGCCGCAUCUCCACGAUUCCCCCAGCCACAGAACCUGAGGCUCCCAUACCCAAGAGCUACACCUACUGCUGCCCUGAGAGGCAGUUCUCUUCCGGUGAUGAGACGGGCUUGAAGAGGAGAGCGUCCUAUCCAUUGAUACACUCUGAGUCAUUCCAGUUACACUCCACUGAAGGCGCUGAGAUGCUGCACGCCGAGGACACACAGAGUCUUUGUCCAGCUAACAGAAAGAGGAGACGACGUAAGAUGAAGCCCGUUGAAGAAGUGGAGACUCUGAAACCCUCCAUCCACGCUGCUUCAGAACUGAGUAAUGGAGCCAUUUUGUGUAACGGUGCGCCGAUCACCACAAACCCCACACCGUUUUCAAAAAGAUUCCUCCAGCCUCUCUUUAGAGACUCACUGUCAGAGGGGAGCUCAGAGGGAUCCUCACAUUCAGACGACCCUUCCUUCUGUGGCAUCACCACAGCCUGCUCUCGAAUCUGCGACGGCCUCCCUCAGCCCAAGACCCGGGCAGAGAAACGGGCAUUGAGACGCCGGCGUCCCAAGCCCGGCUGCGCGGUGGUGGACUUGCUUCAAGUCCCAGGGAGGGACAGGAGGGAACCGUUGCCCAUCUCUACCAUAGAGGACCUCAUGAACAGGAAAACAGAGCAAAGCUCUGGGAUGUUUGGAGUGAAAGUUGGCCUCUCAGGUCCUGUCUGACAGAAGAGAAGAGACAAACUUACAAAGCCUCCACUUCUCCUCACUCACUGCAAAACUCUUUCUAAAAGAGCAUCAAUGUUAAUUUCUGUAGCCACAGGCAGCUUUAAGCUCCACGAUGAGACUUUCCCUUCACUCUCACUGUUCACUUUUGUUCUCUGUUCCGUUCCUAUCUGACCUUUUUGCAUUGUUAGACUUCAAGUCAAAGAAAUGUCUUCCCGGCUUACGAUUAAAGCUUUUCACUUGUGUUUGGAAA